GCGGAGCGGCGGUGGAGAUUCAAUUAUCACCUUCCUUGCCUGCCGAAGUCUCCUGUUCAGCUACUAAGGUGCCAGCAUGCCUAGACUGAAGGAGAAAUCGUACACGCGGAAGAGAGCGUCGCUGGAGACAAAGACAAUAUUUGAGGACUUUGGGUCUCCCACCGGCAGCCAGCCGUUAGCGGCUCGAGAAGUGGCCAGUCUAGAACGGUGCAGUGCUGCAUGUACGGCGCACACAUGCGUUGACACGUGCGGUCGUGCUGUCCCUGCGAACGUUUGUGCUUCUUGUGAUGCUGGCCGCUGCACCGAGGCGACAUCGGAAGUUCAGGCCGGUGGUUGUGACACGACGCGCACUAAGGACAAUGUGCCUAGCUUCCCUGAUGGGUCGGCUCUAAGUGGCUCUUCCGAUGGGUUGGCGGUGAAGGAUGGUCCACUUUACUCGCCUGUCGGAGCGGCACACGAGGACCCUGUCGGAGAGGUGCACAUACAAGUCAGUGAGGGUUCUCUGGUAAGCAGGACCCCGGAGCCUACAUUUGAUCUAGCUACCGCGGAAUCUUCAUCGGUGCCCACUGAUUUUGCUGAACAACUACGCAGUUGGGCCAUUAAGGAAAACGUUACUCAUACAGCGGUCACAUCUCUGCUAAAGAUACUCAAGACAAGUAGGUUUGACCCCUCAUCUCUCCCAAGUGACGCUCGCACUUUGCUCUCCACGCCCAGGGGUACACAGCGUGCACCUGCUUUAACUGCAAUGGCUCCUGGGCAAUACUGUCACUUUGGCUUGCAGUGCUGUCUAGAAAAUGCCUUGUCAGAAGCAUGUUUUACGGGUAGCCGUAUUACUUUGUUAUUUAACAUUGAUGGACUGCCAAUUUCCAAGAGUUCUACCAUGCAGCUGUGGCCAAUCCAGUGCAUGAUUGGUGAGCAUGGCAGAGUUCCCUUUAUAGUCGGCAUUUUUGCUGGCCCAUCAAAGCCUGUUUCAGCAAAUGAUUAUCUGAGCCCCCUUGUCAGUGAGCUGCAACAGCUUCUUUUGCAUGGAAUGCUUUUUGAGCAGCGAAUAAUUGAGGUUUCGUCAACAUGUUUUGUUUUAGAUGCACCAGCGCGAUCGUUCGUUUUUCGAAUUAAAGGACACACUGGGUAUUCCGGGUGCCCAAAGUGCACAGUAGAGGGCACAUACAGUAACAGCCGACUCUGCUUUCCAACAAGAUCCUCCACUUUGCGCACUGAUGAUUCAUUCAGGCGUCAGACUGACCCUGACCAUCACCUGGGCACCUCAGUUUUGACGUCGCUUCCCAUAGACUGUAUCACCUCUGCACCCCUCGACUACAUGCACCUUUUAUGUCUGGGUUGUAUAUUCUGGCAAGUCCUAGCCUGUGCCGGCAGCAUACUGAUUAUGCAGAGUCCCUUCUUCAGCACUUUGUAA